AUGGAGGACGUUCUGAUCCGGUCCAGACUGAGACAACCAGAGGACAUCCGUCUGUCUAUGACGUCGGUCCUCUUUGUGUUGGACAGGGACUCUGCAGAGAGGAUUGUGGGUAAUGUAGUGCUCCACAGACUGAAAUGGUCUCAGGAGUUUUCAGGUACUGGACCAGAACCACAGAGUCCACCUGUCUACCUCACCUUAGUCCACCUGUCCACUUCACCUCAGUUCACCUGUCCACCUCACCUCAGUCCACCUGUCCACCACAGUUCACCUGUCCACCUCACCUCACUUCAGCCCACCUAUCCACCUCAGUUCACCUGUCCACCUCACCUCACUUCAGCCCACCUGUCCAUCUGUCCUCCUCACCUUACCUCAGUCCACCUGUCCAUCUGUGCUCCUUACCUUACCUCAGUCCACCUCACCUCACCUCACCUCACCUCAGUUCUCCUGUCCACCUCACCUCAGUUCACCUGUCCUCAGUCCACCUGUCUACCUGUCCACUUCUUCUCAGUUCACCUGUCCACCUCACCUCAACUCAGUCCACCUGUCCACCUCAGUUCACCUGUCCACCUCACCUCACCUCACCUCAGUCCACCUCACCUCACUUCAGCCCACCUGUCCAUCUGUCCUCCUCACUUUACCUCAGUCCACCUGUCCAUCUCACCUCUCCUCAGUCCGCUUCACCUAAGUCCACCUGUCCAUCUGUGCUCCUCACCUUACCUCAGUCCACCUCACCUCACUUCACCUCAGUCCACAGCUUCAGCUCACCUCAGUCCACCUGUCAAUCUGUCCACCUCACCUCAGUUCACCUGUCUGCCUCACCUCAGUCCACCUGUCCCCUUCACCUCAGUCCACCAGUCCACUUCACCUCAGUCCACCUGUCCACCUCACCUCAGUCCACCUGUCCACCUCACCCCAGUUCACCUGUCUGCCUCAUCUCAGUCUACCUGUCCAUCUGUGCUCCUCACCUCUCCUCAGUCCACCUCACCUCAGUCCACCUGUCCAUCUGUGCUCCUCACCUUACCUCGGUCCACCUCACCUCACCUCACUUCACCUCACCUCAGUCCACCUGUCCAUCUGUGCUCCUCACCUUACCUCAGUCCACCUCACCUCACUUCACCUCACCUCAGUCCACAGCUUCACCUCACCUCAGUCCACCUGUCAACCUGUUCACUUUACCUCAGUCCACCUCUCCACCUCACCCCAGUCCACCUGUCCACCUCUCCUCAGUCCGCCUCACCUCAGUCCACCUGUCCAUCUAUGCUCCUCACCUUACCUCAGUCCACCUCACCUCACUUCACCUCACCUCAGUCCACAGCUCUACCUCACCUCAGUCCACCUGUCUACCUGUCCACUUCACCUCAGUUCACCUGUCCACCUCACUUCAGUCCACCUGUCCAUCUGUGCUCCUCACCUCUCCUCAGUCCACCUCACCUAAGUCCACCUGUCCAUCUGUGCUCCUCACCUUACUUCAGUCCACCUCACCUCAGUCCACUUGUCCACCUCACCUCGGCCCACCUGUCUACCUGUCCCCUUCACCUCAGUCCACCUGUCCACCUUACCCCAGGUCACCUGUCUGCCUCACCUCAGUCCACCUGUCCAUCUGUGCUCCUCACCUUACCUCAGUCCACCUGUCCACCUCACCUCAGUUCACCUGUCCUCAGUCCACAUGUCUGCCUCACCUCAGUCCACCUGUCCACUUCACCUCAGUUCACCUGUCCACCUCACCUCAGUCCACCUGUCCAUCUGUGCUCCUCACCUCAGUCCACUUGUCCACCUCACCCCAGUCCACCUCACCUCAGUCCACCUGUCCAUCCGUCCAUCUGUGCUACUCACUUCAUCUCAGUCCACCUCUCCUCACCUCAAUCCACCUGUCCAUCUCACCUCCCUCCAUUUCACCUCACCUUAGUCCACCUCACCUCAGUCCAACUGUCCUCACCUCAGUCCACCUCACUCGCCUCUCCUCAGUCCACCUCACCUCAGUCCACCUGUCCAUCUGUUCUCCUCACCUUACCUCACCUCAGUCCACCUCACCUCAUCUCAGUCCACCUCACCUCACCUUACCUCAGUCCACCUUUCCACCUCAACUCUCCUCAGUCCACCUCACAUCAGUUUAAAUCCUGUGUGACCUCAGUGGUAAACACCGUCAGAAAUGAUCCACGACAGAUGUACGCUCAUCGAUUCACCACCAGAUCUAUGCCAAUCCACGCCCGCUGCCCGGCAGCGGCACCGUCGUCGUCUGUUGGUCAGUAG